AUGGCAGCUCGGAAUACGAACAAUGUGUAUACAGGGCCAGACUCCCUUCGCGAUUACUAUGAUCCAGACCAACAGCCUAUGUUACCGAUGGUAGAGCUUCCACAAAAGCUCAACCCAUUUUACGAAGAUGGGGUGAGAAUAUACGCCAAGAUGAUGAGCACGUUACCGGCCAACAACGUGAAGGCUCUUCCAGCUUUGAACAUGUUGCAAAACUCUGUAAAGCCCGAGACAAAGACUAUCAUCGAGUACAGCUCCGGCUCUACAGUUAUAUCAAUGUCGCUCAUUGCUCGAGCCCUGUACGGAAUUACCGACACCCGGGCUUUCCUCAGCAACAAGACUUCAUGGACGAAGCUGCAGCUGAUGAGAUUCUUUGGUUUGAACAUCACUCUUUUCGGGGGGCCCUCUCAGCCAGAACCAACAGAUCCGCGUGGGGGAAUCAACAAAGCGAAGCAACUGAGUAGUGAAAGUGGCGAGCAGGUGUUGAAUCCCAACCAGUACACAAAUGAAAUGAACUGGAAGUCCCAUUUCCGAUGGACUGGACCACAAAUACUUGCUCAAAUCCCAGAGAUCAACGUCUUUUGUUGCGGGAUGGGUACAUCCGGGACAAUGACCGGGAUCGGGACUUAUCUCAAGCAGGCCAAGUCCUCAGUAUUCCGUGUCGGGGUCUGCACCGAGGCUGGAGACCGAGUACCCGGCCCUCGAUCCUAUGCGCUCAUGUCACCCGUCGAGUUUCCAUGGCGUGCUGCUGUGGACACCAUUGAGGAGGUCGGCUCGUACGAUUCAUACAGGCUGUCACUUGAAAUGUCACGGCAGGGUUUGAUAUGUGGACCUUCCUCUGGCUUCAACCUACAAGGCUUAUGCAACUUCCUUCGGAAGCGAAAGUCUGAAGGCUCGCUGGAAGCGCUACGAGGAGAUGAUGGUGAAAUCCAUUGUGUCUUCGUCGCGUGUGACCUUCCGUACCAAUAUCUGGAUGAGUAUUUCAACAAGUUGGGCGACGAGGUUUUCCAUCCUCUAAUCAAUGAAAAUCUGCUCAGCGUUGACAGCUACAGAUAUGAUGAGGCUUGGGAAGUGGACGUCCAAACCUUUUGCGACAUUGUGUUUUCAUCCAGUCCCGUGGAGAUCACCAUGAAAAAUUUCUUUGCCAAACCUCGAAACGUGAUCUUGGAUCUCCGAACAGCCAAAAGCUUUGCCGAAUAUCAUCUCUCGGGAUCAAUAUCAAGGUCUUUGACAUCUCUCGAGAUGUUCACACCGUCGCCAUUCUCCGACCCGAUAGUGCUGGAACGUCAAUGGAAGGAGCUCGAGUCUGUGUUUGAUCCCACAACUAUUGGCCUGCUGAAGAAUAUGGGAAUUGUUUGGUUGACUUGUUACGAUGGAGAUACGUCUCGAGUGGCCACGAGUAUCCUGAGAGCCAAAGGGGUUACAGCGAACAAUCUCAGAGGUGGAAUGCUAACUUUGUUAUCCACUGCAAAAGGCGACAAUAAUGAUCGCAGUGAAAGUGUUGAUUCCGGAGUCGGAUUACAUCAUCCUACUCAGGAAGAGGAUGAGUGUCGUGCACAAACGCUGGCAGAGUCAGGAAUCGAGCCUAAGGGCAUUUCUGUUUUGCAGACUUGA